AUGACAAUUUCGUCCAAUCCAGAUUUUCUUAAUGUUCAACUGUUUCUUCUAAGCAAAACUACCCCCGUCCUCCUCCUCUAUCAGCUGCAUUCAGCACUUUCCCAAGAACUGGCUAACUCACAAGAAGUUCUGGCAGAAAUCACUGCACCAAAGCUACCAACAUCGACAAAAAAGAACCAAGACGUGGUUCUUGCUUUCUAUGAAGCCUUAAAGUCACGUGACGUGGACACGGUACACAAGAUCCUAGCCAACGAUCUUGAGUGGUGGUUCCAUGGCCCGCCGUCUCACCAGUUUAUGAUGCGCCUUCUUACUGGUGAAAAAAAAGACAACGACGUGCCGUUUGAAUUCUCCCCUAUCUCCAUCACCUCUUUUGGGAACCUUGUGGUUGUUGAAGGGUGUAAUACAAGCCGUUCCAUUUCCUGGGUGCACGCUUGGACUGUUACCGAUGGGAUAAUUACCCAGGUUAGAGAGUACUUCAAUACUUCUCUUACUGUUACUCGUCUUGGAAAUCAAUCACAACCGUCAGAUUUUAAGACAAAUUCAUCAUCAACGGGCGAGAUAUCUCUGUUGCAUUGCCCAUCCAUCUGGGAGAGCACCCUAUCCAAUCGGGUCGGUAAGUCCGUGCCGGGUUUGGUUCUGGCUAUUUGA